CCUUGGGAUCACACACCUGUGAUGUGUGCAUUUCAAACUAAGGGUCAGGGUUUCUUUUACAUUCCUGACUACAGCGUGGAUAGGCAGAGCAGGGAAAACAUUUUCAAUAUAGUUGUCACCAUUACUGAGGGCUCGGCUCAGACCAAAGAUAUUGAGCAUGAGUUAAGUGUGUAUCUUGGCCAGGGGUGGCGUUGCUCUGCUAGAUUCUUUGCUCCUCAAAAGUUUGUUAUGAGAAUGCCGAAUCCUAGAGAGGUUGACAGAGCUCUUUUUGUUGAGAAUAUUAAGUUGAAAAAUUGUGGGGUUAGUGUCAAGUUCUCUCCAUGGUCUGAGGAUAUUGAUUCUGAGGGACUGUUAGAGAUUGCUUGGGUUAAGAUUGGGAAAAUUCCACCUAACAAGAGAUGUGAUAAAACUGUUGCUUAUGUGGGAGGGUUAGUUGGAAUUACCCUGGAUGUUGAUAUGUCAACUAUAAAUCGUCCCUCUUCUGUUAGAGCUAAAAUUGGUUGUAGAUCGAUAGCUCAACUUCCCGCCACUGCUGAAGGGGUGCUUGCAGGACGUUUCUGCAAGUUCACCUAUGAGGUUGAGGAGGUUUUGGUUAAAAAUCCUGUGAAUGCAGAAACUGUGGAUCCUAUUCCUGAUGAAAGGACCAAGCCAAAUCAGACACCUAAGAGGAGACGUACUGAACAAGAGAAAGGAGUGCCGCAGCCUGAGUCUGCUGGACGUGACAACAUUGGGGGUUCCUAUCGUGGUGGCAAGGCAUGUCGCCUGCUAUACGAUGAUAAAGAGGGAUCUCCCUCUACUGAAAGUGAUGAAGAUAAUUCUCUACUUAUUGAAACGCUGCAGAAAGAAAUCGAGGAAAAAAUGAAAGAAGAUGGCAUGGACUCCUCUAAUUGGAUUGUCCCUAGGAAUCCUGAUGUCAUGGAGACUACUGUUCAAGAUAUACAGGUGAAAGAAGUCAUACAUAAUAAAUCUACCUCGACUUGUCAAACUGCUACUAACCCUUCUCAGAUUGUGGAGGUGACUGGUGCGGUGGACCCUGGGUUGAAGACCUCAUGCAGCUAUAUGGUACAACUCCCAUCCUCUGAAAACAUGGAGGAGAUCAUUCUUACCCCUCCACUGGCAACUGAAGCCCCACUGAGAUUCAGCAAACGUAACGCCUCUGGGAUGCAGGACAAGAUUGAGGACAAGGCCAAGAAACUGGCUAGUAAGAAAAAUCUGGAAGGGCUACAACAAGGAGAGGACGCCAAAGAGCUGCGCACUGGAGCUGAGAUGAUCAGGACUAGCACAUUGCAGCUUAUGAAGAUGUGUGGUGCUGUCAAGCAACCAAUCCAAGGUGCCUGACAUUUUCUGGAGUUGCGCUGGAUGAAGAGCUGCCGGGCGCGCGAUUUCGUUGCUGUCUCUUCCCGGAGAAGAUAGCUUUAUGCUUGUUUGACACUCGGCUGUGUUUUGAUACUUAGUAUGAUCUUUUGAGAAAUGUAAUAGGCUAGAUGGUAUGACGUGCUAUCCAGGUUUUCGCCCCAUGAUACUCGUUUCGACGGCGAGCGAGUAUGGUGGGUUUCCUGGUAGUGCUUGAACUCGCUAUACCUCUUUCCCUUCUCCUGUCUUUCUCGCUUGAACUGGUUGUAUUUCCGUUCUUUGCAAUGGAAAGGGGUAAAGCCCGGUUC